AACGGAGCGCGGCGCGGCGGAGCGGUGUUCCGCUUCGCUGUCCCCGAGGCGAAGAAGGGGGAAUGGGGCAAAAAGCACCGGGAAAAGGCGUCGGAGCCGUAAUUCUAAUAGAAAACGGAGUUGUCCUUUCUGUUUCUCCCGUUAACGCGGAGAAGAACGGAGGCUCCAUCCCUCUGUGCGAGAAAACCGGGACAGCCGCACCGGGAAAAGACUUCUUUUUGGCCUUAAUUCUAACGGAGAACGAGCUGCUGUUGGUUGCUGUGCUUGCCUGUUUGCUUGUCCGCCCCGUUAAGACGCAGUGCCCCAUCUCUCACCCCCCAGCGCUGUGGGAUCUGUGCCAGGGACCCAACGCAGCGCCGCCCCCGCACGCAUUGACCCCUCGCUUUAAUCCGAUUGCCGCUAUGAAUAGCAGCCGGGAGCGGGGAGGGGGCGGGGGGAGCGCCGGGGCUGUUUGUCACAUCCCGCCCCGUUUGGGCACCCGUGGCUCCGCACAUCCCUCGUUGGGAUCCGCCGUUCCCCGCCCUCCCCCCCCCCCAUGGCCUCUCUGUUCGCUGGGAAAGUGUUGAUCGUCAACAACAGGGACAGGGAUGAGGUGGAGACGGAGCGGGAGCGGUGUUCAGCCCUGGAGAACAGAGUGAUGCUGCUGUAUUUCGGGGCGGCGGAGUGCCCGCGCUGUCAGAGCUUCGCCCCACGGCUGAAGGAUUUCUUCGUCAGGUUGACGGAUGAGUUCUACGUGGAACGGGCAUCGCAGCUGUGUUUGGUGUACGUGUCCCGAGACGCCACCGCGCAGCAGGAGGAGGCCUUCCUGAGGUCCAUGCCCAGGAGGUGGCUGUCGUUACCCUUCAGGGAUGAGUUCAAGAGGGAACUGGAGCUGCGCUUUGUGGUGUCUGAGGUGCCCAGGGUGGUGGUGCUGAAACCCAACGGGGACGUCAUCGUUGGGAACGCCGUGGAUGAGAUCACCAGCAUGGGGCCUGCCUGCUUCCAGAACUGGCAGGAGGCAGCCGAGCUGGUGGACAGGAACUUCCGACUGGCAGAGGAUUUCGAUGAGUGUGCCAGGAGAAGCAUCACCGACCCCCUCCGCCGCCUCAAGUACAAACUGGGCAAGGGGGAGGAACCCAGGAGUGAAGAGCAGAAAGAGGACGGUGAUGAGUCCUCAUAAGGGGCUAAUCAGGACGUCCCUUGGGUUGUUGUCCCGGUGUGAUCAACUGGGGACAUCCCUUGGGUUGUUGUCCCAGUGUGAUCAACUGGGGACAUCCCAUGGGUUGUUGUCCCAGUGUGAUCAAUUGGGGACAUCCCAUGGGUUGUUGUCCCAGUGUGAUCAAGUGGGGACACCCCUUGGGUUGUUGUCCCAGUAUGAUCAAUUGGGGACAUCCCAUGGGUUGCUGUCCCAUUGUGAUCAACUGGGGACAUCCCUUGGGUUGUUGUCCCAAUGUGAUCAACUGGGGACAUCCCUUGGGUUGUUGUCCCAGUGUGAUCAAUUGGGGACAUCCCUUGGGUUGUUGUCCCAUUGUGAUCAACUGGGGACAUCCCUUGGGUUGUUGUCCCAUUGUGAUCAACUGGGGACAUCCCUUGGGUUGUUGUCCCAUUGUGAUCAACUGGGGACAUCCCUUGGGUUGUUGUCCCAGUGUGAUCAAGUGGGGACAUCCCUUGGGUUGUUGUCCCAUUGUGAUCAACUGGGGACAUCCCUUGGGUUGUUGUCCCAGUGUGAUCAAGUGGGGACAUCCCUUGGGUUGUUGUCCCAGUGUGAUCAAGUGGGGACAUCCCUUGGGUUGUUGUCCCAGUGUGAUCAAUUGGGGACAUCCUUUGGGUUGUUGUCCCAAUGCGAUUGACUGGGGACAACACCAACACCAGCAUCUCUCUUUCUUCAAAAAUUCUGCUAAAAUUGUGUUCAUUUUCUGAAAGUCAAAUCGUUCUGAAACGAACCCAUUCUGCCCCCUCGCGCGGCUCCUCGUGCUGUCUGUUGCUCAUUUAUGGGUUCUCCAUUCCACCACGAGGGGAAGAGCCAAGGAUUUGGAAACUCAUGGGAUGCGAAGGGUCUGGGCAAUGCUGGCAGGCAGACAGAGAGGCUGUGCAAGGGCAGCUGGUUCGACUCGUUUUCUCUCUUAAUCCUCUUUGCCUAGCAAGUCGGACAGGUAGGCGAGGAAUAAUCCCAUAAAACACAUGGUUGGGAGGGACUCUGCGUUAUAUACAUCCUUCUCCGGGUGCUCCCCGUGUUCUGUAUGGCACUGAGUGAAAAGAUGCAAAUAAAGCCUGGAAGUCCUUUCGGGUCACUUUAUCUGUGGAGGAGUCAAACUGUGCUGUCUGCUGUGCUCCGGUGGUCAUGAAUGGGGCAAUGAGAGACAGUGGGAGGAACAGAUAAUGAUUUUAAUGACAAAUAAUGAACAUGGAGAAAUGGGAAGGAGGUGGGGGGCAAUGUUUUCACCUCGAAUUGAAUGCUGAGGUCAUAAAUUGGCACAGUGUCAAUAGAAAGACACCCGACACUGGAAUUUAUUGAAAGAAAAAUAACAUAAAAGGUGGACUUUUACCAGCCCUACCCGUUGGGUUUUUAACCCAUUGGGUUUUUAACUCAUUGGGUUUUUCUCUGUUCAGAACCAAAAAUUGUUCUUUUCUUGGUUAUUCUGUGAAAACCCAACAAAUUAUUUGGGGAAAAAAAAAACAACAAAGCAAACCCACUGAGAAAAUGACACCGAGCAAAGCACAAAGUGAAGCAGGAAGCGUCACUGUGCCAACGUUCUAAUAAAGAGAAAUGAGGUCUUUGA